AUGGGAGAUGCUGGAGCCUACUCAAACACUCGAAUUCGCGUAAGGCCACCGGACAAAGGGAGCUUCCCACUAGACCACAAAGGAAUCUGUAACGUAAUGCGCGAAAAAUGGAUGAACUGCAUGAAAUCUAAUUCCUGGGAAAGCAGUAAGUGCAGAGUAGAGUCCGCCGCCUAUCUUCAGUGUCGAAUUGAGCACAACCUAAUGAGCCCAGAAGAGACGACCAAACUAGGUUUUAAUGAAGAGGAGUGGGAGAGAGCAACAAGAAUUCAAUCGAAAAUGUAA